CGUAGAUCAAUGUAGACAGGUUAUAAAAACGUAAAUCAAAAUGAAAAAGUUUUGGAAAAAGAAUGAUUCUCAAGAUGAUGAGAAAAAAGAAAACAAUGUUGAAGAAGACAAACCAAUCAAGACAUAUGAUGAUUUUCUUACUCAAAAAGUUGGAGUCAAAUUGUAUCAAUUCCUACAUUUGACAGAGUUCUAUAUCUUACUAACAUUUGGUGGAUAUCAAACGACGUUUACUAAUUUUAUAGCCGCUUCUAUGGACCAUUGGUGCAACAUCCCUGAGCUCACCCAACGUGGCUUUAACCAGAGUUUGUUAAAACACAUCGGAAUCCCGACGGAAAACCAAAACUCCACAAGUUAUCAGAAGUGUAAAAUGUACUCUAUAAACUACACUGCAUACUCUAAUGAUGAUUUGCUCAGUGGUCAACAUUUGGUGGAUUUCAGAAAUUCGAAUAGUUCCCUUGUUAAUUGCAGAUCCGGGAUGUCCUACGAUCAGUCACACUAUAUAUCGACCCUUAUGAGCCAGUAUGAGCUCGUUUGUGAGCGGGAGGUCCUAUCCACGUUUGCAGCGUCAUCUGUUAUGUUGGGCUUUUUCUUCGGUGCCUUUGUGUCAGGUCAGCUAGCAGAUAGGUUGGGUCGUGUAAGGACGGCAGCUGUUUUCCAUCUUCUUGCCCUGGCCACUGCAUUUGGAUCAAUAUGGUCCCCUAACUACCCUUUGUAUCUGGUACUGAGGGCAAUUUGUGGCAUGUCUUAUUUAGCUGCCUACACUGCUUAUUUCACAUCUUGCCUGGAGGUGCUAGAUCCCAAGACGAGAGGCAUGCUGCCUUUGUUCAUGGCCUUUACCCAGUCCAUUGCUUCCUGGAUCCUUCCGCUGAUGGCCUACAACUUGCGCAAUCAUAUCGACCUUCAGAUUGUGUGUGCAUGCCUUAUGAUACCCAGUGUCAUCAUUAAUCUGUUGAUGCCCGAAUCCUCGAGAUGGCAACUGGCGUCAGGAAAUGUCGAUGGAGCUUAUAAAACCUUGAAGAAAAUAGCAUGGGUGAAUGGUCGAGCUCUGUCGGAUGACUGUUUAUCCAUACUUGAGAAUAUAUCAAAAGAAGAGAUCAAGUCAAAGGAAGAAAAACAGUCAAGUCAGAAAGCAACCGUCUUGGAUUUAUUCAAAACACCUCGAAUGAGAAAGAAUACAUUAAUAGUAUUUGGCGUCUGGUUUGCGGCAGUGUUUGGCAACUACGUGAUUAGAUUGAACAUCGGAACACUUAUCCCAGGGAGUAUAUAUCUCAACUUCUUCGCUGUGUUCCAAAUUGCCGCAGUGGCCCAACUCCCUAUGCGAUACGUGGCGUUUUACAAGGUCGGUAGACGCGUUGCGUUCAUGGUCUUGCUCAUCACGUCUGCUGGAUUUGCCUUCCUGAUUAUCGGCCUCCUUGCAACAAGGAUUCAGGCGUUGGUGGCCGGUGCGUCUAUAGUCGGGUACUGUUUUGCUGCCUGUGCGUUCGGCGUUGUUUACCAAUAUAGUGCUGAAAUAUUCCCGACUGUUGCACGUGGUGCAGGGGUAGGAGGAGGUUCUAGUUUCGGAAGGAUCGGGGGCUUUAUUGCACCCCAGGUUCCCCUAUUGGGUCGUGUGUGGUAUGGUCUACCGUAUCUGAUAAUGGGAAUGAUCCCUCUUCUCAGUGGCAUAUCAACAUUCUUCUUACCAGAAACAUUCAACAAAAAUCUUCCCGAGACUCUGGAGGAGGGGGAACUAUUUGGAACGAAAGAAUACGAAGAAAGAUUUGGUAAAGCCAAAGAGUUGAAAGACCAAGAUGUGGAGAGUAAGCUGUCAAAUGGAGAAGCUGGGACAGAGAUGAACAAUGUCAGUAAUGGUGAUCUGCCAACUAAACUGGACUCCAACUUUACUGUAAGGGAUCCAUAUUAUACUGAUGUACAGAAAUACUGA